CAGAAUUUCGGCAAGAUGAGUGAUGGAAUGCUCUCUUUAUCGUGGAAUAACCACAGUUCAACUUUCUGUCAUAUGCUUGCUACUCUCCGUGAUGUGGAAAGGUUUACAGACGUGACUAUAACAUGCGAGGGAAAAUUUUAUCCUGUACACAAACUUGUGCUAUCCACAUGUAGCGACUACUUCCAGAAAAUCUUUGAGUGCACCCCAUGUAAACAUCCAGUUAUUGUUUUGAAGGACAUACAUUGUAAAGAUAUUGAGGCCCUGCUAAGUUACAUGUAUGCUGGUGUUGUGAGUGUAGCGCAGAAAGACCUCUCGCAACUCAUCAAAGCAGCAGAAUUGUUACAAAUAAAAGGGUUAGCAGUACCUGAUGAACCUCCACAGUAUAGUAGAAGAAUGUUUGCAAUGGACGAUGUGUGCGACUCAGAUACCAAGCGCCAGAAACGUCACGAUUCAAUGAACGGGGAGAAUGAACUCACAGUCGUCGGAGGUGUGCAGAUGUCUCCAGACGGUUCUUCAUCCCAUAAGGAUGGAGAGCAUUUCGGGUCGUCAGGGCAAAGAGCAGGACACAGACUGGACCAAACAAACCAAGGUGACCACAGCGCAAGGGACAGUGGAGACAGGAACGGUGAUGACAAUGACGAUGACAGAGCUUCCCAGCCAUUGGAGCAAAGCAUGGAUGAUGAUAUUUGUGGACAAGAUAUUUGUGCGCAGGUGGAGACUGUAGUUGAAGACACCCUAGUUAAGGAAGAACUGGUAGCUGACUGUAGUGACACAGAGCUUGCGGAUGAGGGCUUCGAUUACAGCGCCCUCACAACCAGUUUGAUGGCCGAGAACAAGCAGAUGAGAGGAAGAGAGCAGAUGAGCCACAUGCUUUUAGAGAAGUAUGACCACAUGACCCACGAGCAGGCAUAUCACAUCCAUCAGCAGGGCUCCGAUGUUCAAGCCGGACCCUCACUGUUACAAGGGUGGCCCGGCUUAGGCGACAUUGGUGAAGGAAGUACAGCUGGUCAUAGCUACUGUGAGGAUGUGACGUCACCUAUUCACCAAGGGCUGCAGCACUCUCUGGUUGGACCUAAUAGUGAAAAUCAAAGGACCAGUGAUAGUGAAAACAUGGGACUCGGGAAGAUUUUGGCAUCAGUCACCCAGCUACGGCAGUUUCACCACCACCCUUUCUCCAACGCAGAACGAGAUAGCACUUAUAGACCCGGUGGCAGCUGUGGAAGAAAGAAGGUGAAGAAACCAUUCUCCUGUGCACAGUGCUCUUACCAGACUGCAUCCAAGAGCAAUCUGGUGAUCCAUCUACGUACUCACACUGGGGAAAGACCGUAUCAGUGUCCACAGUGCUCAUUUAGUGCUUCAUUUGAAUACAAUCUGAAAGUUCACAUGAGGACACAUACGGGCGAAAAGCCGUACAUGUGUCCUAAUUGUCCUUUGCGCUUUGCUCAGAAGGCCCACCUCAAGAAUCAUCUCUUCACCCACACUGGAGAAAAGCCAUUUUCAUGUCAGCACUGCUCGGCAAAAUUUAGCCGCAUGAGCAAUCUGAGAAGACAUUCCCAAACUCAUCAGUAACCCAUUCCUUCUAACAUAGUUCUUUCAUUUUCACUCAUUUUUAUUUCACUUUUAAUGUUUCUUUUCCAUAUUCAUGUUGCUUUCAUAUAGUAUCGCUCUCUCAGUAACUGAAAGAGAAGGUAUGGUGAACUUUUGGAACGGAGAGCAUUCACCUAUCAAAAGGGAAUAAUCAAGGAAUAUGGUGAAACCUUCAUUUUAUUGUCUUUCAACUAAUUAACAAAGUUAAAUAAGUAACAGACAUUGCCAGCCUGCUUUCAGAUAUCAUUAAGUAAUCUGAUCUCUGUGGAGAUCGUCUGAAUCUGUUGAACGUAAAUGAAUAUGAUAUAAUUUAAAGUUUUCAUUUGUUGAUUUCCUCAUCAUUCACACAAUACUGCCACUCAUGUCAAUGCAGGUCCUAAAAGUAAUACGAGUUAGUCACGUAAGUUUAAAGUUUCAGAUAAUCUUCCUUUCCUUAACUAAAAAAAAAAAAAGGAUAUUUAUUACUUUGGGUUUAUGGUCUGCUGUUUAACAUACAGUGUGUGUGUAGAAUGCUUUGCAAAACUAGGAUGAUUUUCUAAGUUUGGAGAUUUAUAGAAGAUAAGAAGUUAUUGGAUAUAUGGCUAUGAAAGUGCAUUAAAGUCUUCCCAAAAAGUAAACUGAACUUAUUAUAG